UUCCGUGUCCCCGCGCUCACCGUGCUCUUCUUCCUGGGAGAAAACACUUAAAGGUUAAAUAUAUACUGGCCAUCGCUCGGUGAGGAGAAUCAGGCUGACACUGAGCACUGAAGCACCAUGUAUGAGCUCAACGAGAGCAGCUUCGAUCCUAUCACCUUCGUCCUGACGGGCAUCCCGGGCAUGGAGGACUCCCACACCUGGAUCUCCGUCCCCUUCUGUUUGAUGUACAUCACUGCGGUGUUUGGCAACUCUGUCCUCCUCUUCGUCAUCAUCACGGACAGGAGCCUCCACGAGCCCAUGUACCUCUUCCUCGCUAUGCUGGCUGUUGCUGACCUCAUGCUUUCGACCACGACGGUGCCCAAAAUGCUGGCGAUCUUCUGGUUCAGUGCCAGGGAAAUUUCCUUUGAUGCCUGCGUUACACAGAUGUUCUUCACCCAUUUCAGCUUCAUCGUGGAAUCGUCCGUCCUGCUGGCGAUGGCGUUCGACCGGUACGUGGCUGUCUGCGACCCGCUGCGGUACUCUUCAACCUUAACCCCCUCGGUGAUCGGGAAAAUAGCUGUGACUGCCGUUGUCCGGGGGUUCUGCAUCAUGUUCCCACCCAUCUUCCUCCUGAAGCGGCUGCCCUACUGCGGGCACAACGUCAUGCCCCACACCUACUGCGAGCACAUGGGCAUCGCCCGCCUGGCCUGUGCCGACAUAAAAGCCAACAUCUGGUACGGGCUGACAACGGUUCUUCUCUCCUCCGGCCUGGACGUCGUCCUCAUCGCUGUCUCUUAUGCUCUGAUCCUCAGGACGGUCUUUCGGCUCCCGUCCCCGGAGGCUCGUCUCAAAACCCUGAGCACCUGCGGCUCCCACCUCUGCGUGAUCCUCAUGUUCUACGUGCCUGCCUUUUUCUCCUUUCUCACGCACCGGUUUGGCCACCACAUCCCAAGUCAAGUGCACAUCCUCCUGGCCAACCUCUACGUCGUGGUCCCGCCGAUGCUCAACCCCAUCGUGUACGGGGUGAGGACAAGGCAGAUCCGGGAGCGCGUCGUCCGCCUCUUCUGCCCCGCGGGGGAGUGCCCCUGCCCCGGCUGGGGGAGCCGGUGCUGA